CUGGCAUACGGCAAAAAGUUUCAGAGGAAAAAAAAAAAUGCUGAAGCCAUGUCUUCUCUCCUGCUUCCUCUUCAUCAUCUUCUUCAUACCAAAACUAUCUUUGUCUUGCCCACAAGACCAAAGACAAUCCCUUCUCGAGUUCAAAAACUUGCUGUCUCACAAUGUCAAGAACCAAUCUGUAGUAAUCGACUUUAUGGGACGUUUCAAGACAUGGAGGCCAAACUCAGAUUGCUGCAAAUGGCAACGCGUGAGAUGCAAUGCUCGUUCACCUUCCAGAGAAGUCAUAGGCCUAAAUCUGAGCUCUCUUUUCCAUUAUUAUGAUUCAAUCUCACUGAGUUUUAGCAUUCUGAAACCGGUUCUGCGUAUAAACUCUCUUGUUAGGCUUGAUAUCUCGUCUAAUUUGAUGCAAGUAGAGAUUCCUGGAGAUGCGUUUGCGAACUUGCCAAGGUUGAUCUCUCUUGACAUGAGUUAUAAUCUCUUUUACGGCUCUAUCCCUCCUAAAUUGUUCUCUUUGAAGUCUCUUCAGUAUCUUCACAUGAGCGAAAGUGGUUUUAGAGGAGAGAUUCCUGGAGAUGCGUUGGUGAACUUGCCAAGCUUGAUCUCUCUCGACAUGAGUCGUAAUGGCUUUGACGGCUUUAUCCCUCCUAAACUGUUCAGUUUGAAGACUCUUCAGCACCUUGACUUAAGCGGGAAUGAUUUUGGCGGAGAGAUUCUUGAAGAUGCGUUUGUGAACUUGACCAGCUUGAUCUCUCUUGACAUGAGUUAUAAUCACUUUAACGGCUCUAUCACUCCUAAGUUGUUCUCUUUGAAGACUCUUCAGGAUCUUGACUUAAGCGGGAAUGAUUUUGGCGGAGAGAUUCCUGAAGAUGCGUUUGUGAACUUGACCAGCUUGAUCUCUCUUGACAUGAGUGAUAACAAGUUUAACGGCUCUAUCCCUCCUAAACUUUUCUCUUUGAAGACUCUUCAGCAUCUUGAGUUAAGCGGGAAUGGUUUUGGAGGAGAGAUUCCUGGAGAUGGGUUUGUGAACUUGACCAGCUUGAUCUCUCUUGACAUGAGUGAUAACAAGUUUAACGGCUCUAUCCCUCAUGAAUUGUUCUCCUUGAAAAAUCUUCAACAUCUUGACUUGAGCAAAAAUGUUAUUGGCGGUACGUUGAGUGGUGACAUCAAAGAGCUCAAGAAUCUGCAAGAACUGAAGUUAUAUGAAAAUCUCAUUGGAGGAGAGAUUCCUCCAGAAAUAGGUAUUCUUGCCGAACUGCGGGAGCUAGAAUUGUGGCAGAACAAUUUCAAUGGUUCUAUACCGUUGUCUGUAUCACGGUUGACGAAGCUCAGAACGUUUGAUGUUCAGAACAAUUCCUUGUCUUCUGAAAUUCCUGACGGUAUUGGGAACUUAGUCAAUCUAUCAAUUUUGUCUUUGAGCAUCAACAAGUUUUCGGGUGGAAUUCCAUCGUCGAUUCAGAAUCUGAAAAAUCUUGAAACCCUUGAGCUUGAGAAUAACAAUGGCUCGUUAAGUGAGAUUCGCACAGCUUGGUUGUUUGGUCUUCAGAAGCUGACGAUACUGCGGCUUGGAGGAAACAAACUCCAAUGGAACAACAAUGGUUUUGCCUUUCAACAGUCUAAGUUAACAGAUCUGUCACUUGGUUCUUGUUGCUUAGAAGGGAAAAUUCCGGAUUGGCUCAAGAAUCAAACAAGUCUUGAAUACUUGGAUUUGAGCAUGAACAGACUCGAAGGAAGUUUCCCCGCAUGGCUAUCUAAUCUGACAAUCGGAGUCAUAAUUUUGUCAGACAACAGACUUUCAGGCUCACUGCCUCCAAAUUUGUUUCAGUCUCAGAGGUUAUUAUGUCUUUUACUAUCAAGGAACAACUUCUCUGGUCAGAUCCCUGAUACGGUUGACAUAUCAUUGAUCAUAGUACUCAUGCUGUCUGAAAACAACUUCUCAGGAUCAGUACCAGAGUCUAUUACAAAGUGCAACAUGCUAACGUUGUUAGACUUGUCUAAGAAUAGAUUAUCAGGUGAAUUCCCAAGGUUAGGUCCCGUGUCAUUCCUUGCUUGGCUCGAUAUAUCUUCCAAUCAGUUCUCCGGGGAUGUUCCAGCUUACUUUGGGGACUCCAUCACUAUGCUCUUAAUGAGUGACAACAAUUUCAGUGGCGAAUUUCCUCAGAAUUUCAGAAAUCUCUCAAGUCUGAUGCGUCUUGAUCUCCAUAACAACAAAAUCUCUGGGGGCUUCCCGAAUAUUAUAUCCCGGUCUUAUUCUUCUCUAGAGGUUCUUAGCCUGAGAAACAAUUCCCUCAAAGGUCCAAUCCCAGAAGGCAUAUCAAAUCUCACAAGGCUUCAGGUCUUGGAUCUCUCUGAGAACAAUCUUGAUGGAUAUCUCCCAUCAUCUCUUGGGAAUCUUACAUGCAUGAUAAUGUCUCUUGUGAGCUCUUCUUUGUUUUCUAGUCGUGUCGGUAAAACCGGCAAUACCGACGUAGAAAGGUUAAUAGACAUCAAAACACAAGAUAUAUUUAGUCUUGUAGUGAACUGGAAGAAAUCAAAACAAGUUCUUUUCCAGAGAAACUUAUACCUCUACACUCUCGUAGAUCUCUCCAAGAACAAGCUACACGGAGAAAUCCCAGCUUCUUUAGGCAAUCUUAAAAGCCUAAAGCUUUUGAACCUCUCCAACAACGAGUUCUCUGGAUCAAUCCCACAAAGUUUUGGAGAUCUUGACAAGCUAGAGAGCUUAGACCUUUCACAUAACAACCUCACUGGCAAAAUCCCGAAAACGUUAUCCAAGCUAAGCGAGCUGAAUACUUUGGAUUUGAGUAACAACAAGCUUACAGGUAGAAUCCCUGAAGGUCCUCAGCUAGACAGAUUGAAUGAUCCAAACAUUUACGCAAACAACAGCAAAAUAUGUGGAAUGCAAAUCCGAGUAUCAUGCUCUACGCAGAAGAAGGAGCCACCACAUGAAGAAGAAGAAGAAGAGGAAGAUAAAGAAGAGGAAACAAUGUUUUCAUGGAAAGCUGCAGCCAUAGAUUGUAUUUGUGGAUUUCUUAUAGCACUUGUGUUUAUGUACUCCAAUGGAAUGUGGAAGUAACAGAAAUUACUACUCAUCAAAAAAAUAUUUAAAAUAAACUUUUCCUUUAAAUUACUACUCAUCAAAAAAUAUUUAAAAUAAAAUAAUCCUUUUUACAAAAUUUUCUUCUAUCAUGAGCUCGUAACCAAAUAAAAAAAAUUAUUUAUGAUGAUUACAAAAACAAGAGGUUGAUAUGAAAUUAAAAUUAAUUAUUUGUUGCAUCUCAGUAAAAAUUUGGAGUUUUUUAUUAUUUAUUAUUAUUUGCCAAAAACACUAUUUGUUGGAUUUGCUAAGUAAAGUUUUACUUACAUAUAAAUAAUAAAUGUGAUGCAUAAUUCUACCCAAAAAAAAAAAAAUGUGAUGCAUGUAUUAGUAAUUUGACUUGAUAUAAUGUAUCAUCUUUAAUCAAAACUAGGAUAAUACCCGCGCUACGCCGCGGAGAGGAUUUUGUGUAUUUUUUUUUGUGUAAUUUAAAUUAUAUUUUAUGUUUUAUUUAUCUUAUUUGGAAUAUUAUGUAGCUACACGUUCUUUUAUUUUAUCCUAAAAUAAUUUUAAUUUUCAUAAAAAGAAAAGAUUGUUUUGGUUUUAUUGAAUCAGAAUGUAUGUAUAAUUCAAUGAGGUUAAAAAGACUCUUUCUUUCAAAAUGUAUAAUCAGAAUGUAUGUAUAAUUUGAAUCAGGCACUGUUACUACGUUCACAUUUUAUUUACCAUAAGAAAGAAGUGCAAGGAAAUACAACAUAUAUUCUCAACAACUAACAAUGAGUUGUCGGGUUUUGGCUGGAACCAAUGCUUAAGUUACAGUGUAUGCUUAAUGUUUUUGUAUGAACGCCAAAUAAAAAUCUUGGCCUAGAAUCUAAAGGACUCUCAAUAAAUAAAUAAAGAAGACUCACCAGGAUUAAGAAGGAGGAUGAACCUAAUACUUUACAGCAUGAGUGAUUGAGAGAGACUCAGCCUGACCUUGCUGCAUCAAUGGCUGCAAGCAAGUCUUCAUAUUUAGCCCCUGUCAC